ACGAACCGGCCGAUAACACUCGUUCUCCACCCCCCCUUUCCCCCUUCACUCAGAUUCAUUCACCUAAUCACCUCACAGCUCACUCCAAGGACUCCAUCAUCGCCGAACCCUAGCCCUAGGAACCCUGAACCGUAGCCCUCCAUCGUCGCCGCCGUUCAGAGGUCGUCAGCGCCGCCGCCGUCCCAAGUCCUCAGGAACCCAGUAAGUCAGCAGGUCUCUUCGUCUUCGCUGGCUUCUCGAACCAGUUAUUGAUUUCAGGGCGUCGCGAGCAUCUGCUCCCCCUUCACGGAGGCGCCGUCCUUGGCUCCGCUACCUGUUGUCAGAUCUGCCGCUUCUUCGUCCUUGACCGGAUUUGUUCCCUGCCACGGACGACCACCGGCAUCUAGAGGUUGCGUUCCCGCAUACAGUCCUGUUGAAUUCUGGAAAAUUGGUAGCUGCAUUCUCCAAUGCUGCAUUCUCAUAAUCUGAUGCUAAAUUCUGAAAUUGCAGAGCCGUAAGUGUUGAAUUUUUUGCUUCUGGAGCUGUUGAAUUAUUGUUGAUUGGUUGAAAAGCUGAGGUUGAUUUGGCUUGAAUCUGAAAAAUUGGAGGCUGCUGGAGUCGUUGAUGAUCGUGCAAGGUUGCACAAAUUUUGGUGCAAGUUGCCUGAAUUUUUUCAAGUAUCUUGGUCCGUUUUUGAUAAACUGUUUGAUAAACUGAAUCCAAGUGCUGUAAACUAGUUUGAAAUUGAUUCCAAAUUGAAUCCGGUGAAUCAGCAUAAAAAUUUGAUCGUUGGACUCAACAGUGAUUAUCUCAUUGAAGUCUAAAUAUUAUCAACAGUUCAACACCCUCAAAUAACAGCAAGACUUGUAAGUCCGAGUGUGCGCGUUCAUUCUCGUUCACACUCCCAUCGCUGAAGAAGAAGAAGAAAGUUUGAAGGAGAUGGUUUCAGAGGGUCAUCCCUACAGUCCAAGGGACUUGCACCUUCCCGGUUACGUUCCCUGCUCCCUCUCUCAGUCAAACAUUCUCUCUGUCUUCGCAUUCUUCACCUUCCUCCUCGUUUCUCUCACUUGGAUCUUCUCAGGGCGGCUACCUAAGAAAACAAAAACUGAUAGACUGUUGAUGUGCUGGUGGGCUUUUACGGGCCUCACUCACCUGAUUGUUGAAGGUUACUUUGUUUUUGCCCCAGAGUUCUACAAGGAUAAGACUGGCUUCUACCUAGCUGAAGUUUGGAAGGAAUAUAGCAAAGGGGAUUCAAGGUAUGCUGGAAGGGAUGCAGGAAUUGUUAGUGUUGAAGGACUAACAGCGGUUUUUGGUGGUCCAGCUUCCCUUCUAGCAGUGUAUGCAAUAGCUACUGGAAAGUCAUAUAGCCACAUACUUCAAUUCGCCAUCUCAUUGAGCCAGCUAUAUGGAGUUGGUGUAUAUUAUAUAACAGCACUCUUGGAAGGUGACAAUUUUGCUGCAAGCAAAUUGUACUAUUAUGCGUACUAUAUUGGAGCAAAUGCUUCUUGGAUUGUAAUACCCUUGAUCAUAGCCAUCCGCAGCUGGAAGUAUACUUGUGCAGCAUUUAAGGGACAAGACCAGACAAAAAAACAUAAAGUUCGUUGACCAGGCAUUUUCAAGUUGUUAGUUAACAACGAUGUCAAUUAAUUGUGUCAAUCAAUUGGGGUGGAUGCAUGGUUGUUGAGUUAGUCAAUAGGGUUUCAAGGAUUGGGUAAGUUAAAUUGUGUGAUCGAGUUAAGGAGAUAUGUCUCGAGAAUUGUGUCAAAUGAUUCUCUUAAACUAUAGGGUGUUUUUGUGAAACGGAUAAAAGUACGUUUCAGUGGUUUGAACGCUGUUCUUUGAUGUUUGAUAUUUGGCAACUUUUCUUCUUUGAAUGCCAACUUGAUUCUGCAUCCUAAAA